UAUGUAAGAACCUUCUGUGUUCUGAAUACUAUUAUUAUAGUCAUUAUUAAUAAUUUUGAUCUGUUUUUUUGGACUCCUGUUGGCCAGUUUAAGUCCAAAAACAAGCAGGUCCGUUGAUAAAUGACUGCUGGAGGGUUUAUAUUCCUGCUCACAGACAAACCUCAGUCAGAUUCAGCUCUGCCUGCAGUGCAGACUUCAACUUCUACUGCUUAAAUAUCCAUCCAGACAAGCAGCUGCAGAAUUAAAGGCCUCAAUAUCUGCUGAAGUGCAUGAGGUAAUCUGAUUACUUUCAGAGUGGCUGAAGCCGGUUUGAAUCCUCCUGAUGGCUCCAUCCAGCAGCUUGUUUCUGCUGCUGCAGCUCCUCGGCUGUUUCUCAGCAGGUUUCUCCUGUUUCUGUGAUCGAUACCAGUGGAGCUCCUGCUCCAGCUGCUCCAGAACCUGUAACCAUGGCACCCAGCAGAGAACCAGGCAGUUUCAGUAUGAUGAUUAUUACUGGAAGAGCAGCUGCCGUCAGCUGUGCGACCAGUUCGACCGGAGAUCUUGUAAUGAACAGGCCUGUCCAAUCAACUGUCAGCUGACGGAGUUCAGUCCGUGGUCCGACUGUUCGCCCUGCGCCAAGAAACAGUUUCGGACUCGUUCUGUCCAGAAACCGUCCCAGUUCGGUGGUUCUGACUGCAGCCCGGAGCUGACAGAGGAGAGGCCUUGUUUCCCCUCCACUGAGUGCAAGUUAGCAGCCGUCGAGUGCAGAGAUGACUUCAAAUGUGAAAAUGGUCGAUGCAUCAACUCGACACUAACGUGUAACAAGCAGAACGACUGUGGAGAUAAUUCAGAUGAGAAGGACUGUGACAACUUCAAAAUAGUGUGUCCAGUAGAGAAGAGAGUCGCUCCGGGUGCCGACCUGGUGGGAAAUGGGUUUGAUGCUCUGGCAGAAGAACCCAGAGGAGCCGUGCUGGACAACAUGUUCAUGGGAGGAAGCUGCACUAUUAAGAGGCCUCGGAGCACCUUGCUGUACCAUCGGGUUCCCUACAACUUUCAGGACUUUGAGAUUAAGGUUGGACAAAUAGAGGACUUCAGCACUGAGCCACAGCCGCUGAACACCGAGCCCAUCAGUUUCAAGACGUCCAGUUCGUCACCUGAAACUAAAACAGAAAAUCAAGGAACAUUAUUCCUCCCCAUCCUCAUCUUCCUACAUAGGAGCUCUGUAUCACUGGUCAGCUCACACAAGGAGGCUUUUGAAGCUUCGAAGAAAAAGGAUUCCAAGUUUUUCCGAGUGCAUCAGAUCCUUCCGGUGUCCACAUUCAAGGUGAAGGAACCAGGCGAUCUCGUCCUGUCCUUGCCUUUCCGCCAGUUCCUCCACGCUCUUCCUCUCGAGUACAGCUACGCCCUCUACAGGGAAAUCUUCCAACGCUUCGGGACGCAUUACUACAGCUCAGGAACCCUUGGAGGCCACUAUGACCUGCUGUACCAGUACAGCCGAGAGGAGCUCAAGAGUUCAGGUGAAACUGAAGAACGCAUCAAAGGCUGCCUGAGCCGAGAAACCACCUGGACCAUCAUCCUCUACAGCGAACACAGCAGCGUAACCCGAUGCUCGGACAACAGGAUGACUCAGAAAUAUCAAGGUUCGUACAUUCAGUCAGCAGAGAAGUCUUUCUCCAUGGUAAAGGGAGGUCGAACCCGAGAGGCAGCAGCUUUGGCCUGGGAGAGGCAGGGUCCAGCUCCAGACCGAACAUCCUACAAGAACUGGGCCAAGUCCGUUCUCGAAAACCCAGCCGUGGUCGAGUACAAGCUGCUUCCCAUCAUAGAUCUGGUUCGUGGGAUUCCCUGCGCUGCCACGAAGAGGAGGCACCUGAGGAAGGCGCUGCUGCAGUACCUGGAGGAGUUCGACACCUGUAAAUGUGCUCCUUGUCCCAACAACGCCAGGCCGGUUCUGUCCGGAACAGAGUGCAAGUGUGUUUGUCAGACGGGAACCUUUGGCACCAACUGUGAGAGACGAGCUCCUGACUACACUUCAGAGGCAGUGGAUGGUUACUGGAGCUGCUGGGGGCCGUGGAGUCGAUGUUCAGCCUCCAUGAAGAGACAUCGGACCAGGAGGUGUGAUAAUCCAACUCCCCUCAGAGGAGGUCAACCCUGCAACGGACCCAGCAGACAGGAGGAAGCCUGUCACAUCUCCAUCUUCCAGACACAGGAGACUUGUGAUAAUGAUGACGACUUCACUGUCGGCUGGAUUGACCAACUUCCUCCUGGUGUUCAGGGAUGUCUGAGGCCAAAAAGUCCAGCAAACAGCUUCCUGAGGAAAGCUAAACAGUAUUAUAGCUUCGGAGAGGACGAGGAGUUUCAGUGCUUCACUGGAUUCGACCUGGAGGGUUUCCAGUACAUCAACUGCCUCCCUGAUGGAACCUGGAGUCAACCGAGCGGAAGAUGCAUCAGGAAGAUUUGUCUUCCUCCUGACAUUCCCGACGGAAUGACGCUGUUCCCCAACAAAGAAGAGUACAGGGUGGACGAAUCGGUGGGUCUGAACUGUGAUGACGCUGGUCUUUCUCCGCUGCCUCGAGGUUUCUAUAAAUGCAGCAACAGUCUCACCUGGGAGCCUCCGUUACCUGCAGACCUGCGCUGCUCCAACGAGGAACCGUUUGUUCCUGAGCCUCAGUGUCGUCCAGGAGAGAAGCUGCAGGAAUCAAAAUGUGUUUGCAUCCAACGGGAGAGCUGCCUCUCCCAACUGGAGAAUCUCUGCGUCCUGAACUCGGAUGUCGGCGUCGCCGUGUCGAUGUCACUCUGCUCCUUCCACGCCGGUCGUUGCCAUGGCGACCCGCUCUUCUUCAUCAGCGACGGCGCCUGCGAUCCGGCCGAUGUAGCCAAACUGGAGUGGGCCAAGUUCAGAGCCUCGAUGUCGUCCAAGAGCUCUGUUCAGGAAACCUGCGAUCUGGACACCUGCUACGAAUGGGAAACCUGCUCAGCAUCUAAGAAAUGUGAGUGCAGAGCUGCCAGAGAUUGUCCCAAAGUGGGGAACCACGUCUUGUUCUGUGUGAAGCUGACCAGGAGCCAGAGGACUCGUAGCAUGGAUCUCUGCUCUAUGGCCGCCCUCAAGUGUGCAAGUUAUCAGUUUGAAACUGUCAACGAAGGCGACUGUGCAUCCAGAUGAUCUUCAUGAAGCUUAACUCAACAUCUGGAUUCAUCUGUGCUUAAAGCAACCUUCAGCCACUGAUGGAGAAACUUUGAAAGUCACUACAUGGUUAAAAUACAUAAGAUUCAUACUAGAUUUACUGUGUUUGUGCUUCAGAACCACAAAUGUAAAAACAUUAUAGAUACAAACUGAACUGACAAGCAGGUAUAUAAAGGUCAAAACACCAAGAAUACAUAGUUUAAGAUGCACUUAUAGCCUGUGCUGCAGUGCAUCUUGGGUACUUUCAGCGCUUAUUUUACAAACAGGCACUAGAUGGCAGCUUGACACAGCAAAGUGAUGCUACUUUAUUCAGAUUAUCAACAGGUUUGGUGCAGAGUUUUAAAUGUGAAGGAGCUUUUUUGGAUGCUUCAGAUUCCAGAAAAAAAUGUCGGCGGCUUAAAUUUGAGACUUUUCUUCAGCUUGGAAACUCCUCCCAGUCAAAUCAUCAGUCCAAAUGUCCAAACUGUGUUACGAAAUAUCUGCUUUUUCAAUAAAAGUUGAAGGUUUAA